GAAGAUUCGGGACCCUCGACCCCUGGCCAGCAUCGGUGUGAACGAGUGUGAGAGCCUUCUCCCUUCCCGUUCCGCGGGCAUACAAAAGCUCCUCACAAGCAGCGUCAAACACCAGAUUUCUCUGUUCACAAGUCAAGCGUGAGUUCUCCAGCGCCUUCAACUCUUCUAGCGCCUUCAAGUUCCAACAGCUCGCUGUCUGUUGCCUCUACCGAAGCCAUCAUGCAGAUCUUUGUGAAGACCCUGACCGGCAAGACUAUCACCCUUGAGGUGGAGUCGAGCGACACCAUCGACAACGUGAAGGCCAAGAUUCAGGACAAAGAGGGAAUUCCCCCUGACCAGCAGAGGCUUAUCUUCGCUGGCAAGCAGCUGGAGGAUGGCAGGACCCUUGCGGAUUACAAUAUCCAGAAGGAGUCCACUCUUCACUUGGUGCUCAGGCUGAGGGGAGGGAUGCAGAUUUUUGUGAAGACCCUCACUGGCAAGACCAUCACCCUGGAGGUGGAGUCCAGCGACACCAUUGACAACGUAAAGGCUAAGAUUCAGGAUAAGGAAGGUAUCCCCCCUGAUCAGCAGAGGCUUAUUUUUGCGGGCAAGCAGCUUGAGGACGGCAGGACCCUGGCGGACUACAACAUUCAGAAGGAGUCCACCCUCCAUCUGGUGCUCAGGCUCAGGGGUGGCAUGCAGAUUUUUGUGAAGACCCUCACCGGCAAGACCAUCACUCUGGAGGUUGAGAGCAGCGACACCAUCGACAAUGUCAAGGCCAAGAUUCAGGACAAGGAAGGCAUUCCCCCGGACCAGCAGCGUCUCAUCUUUGCCGGCAAGCAGUUGGAGGAUGGGAGGACCCUGGCUGACUACAACAUUCAGAAGGAGUCUACCCUGCAUCUGGUUUUGAGGCUCAGGGGAGGAAUGCAGAUUUUUGUGAAGACUCUCACUGGCAAGACCAUCACCCUGGAGGUGGAGUCAAGCGACACCAUCGACAAUGUCAAGGCGAAAAUUCAGGACAAGGAAGGUAUUCCUCCUGACCAGCAGCGGCUGAUUUUUGCUGGGAAGCAGCUCGAGGACGGGCGCACCCUGGCGGACUACAACAUCCAGAAGGAGUCUACCCUUCAUCUGGUUCUGCGGCUGCGGGGCGGUAUGCAAAUUUUUGUGAAGACGCUGACGGGGAAGACCAUUACUCUGGAGGUGGAGAGCAGCGAUACUAUUGACAACGUGAAGGCCAAGAUCCAGGACAAGGAGGGCAUCCCUCCAGACCAGCAGCGUUUGAUUUUCGCUGGCAAGCAGCUCGAGGACGGUCGCACCCUGGCUGACUACAACAUCCAAAAGGAAUCCACUCUUCACCUGGUGCUGCGUCUGCGCGGAGGUAUGCAAAUCUUCGUCAAAACCCUCACUGGCAAGACCAUCACGCUUGAGGUCGAGUCCAGCGACACCAUCGACAAUGUCAAGGCCAAGAUUCAGGAUAAGGAGGGCAUUCCCCCAGACCAGCAGAGGUUGAUCUUCGCCGGGAAGCAGUUGGAGGAUGGCCGCACUCUGGCCGACUACAACAUUCAGAAGGAGUCGACCCUGCACUUGGUGCUCAGGCUGAGGGGUGGUCAGUAGACGAUUAUGGUACUUGUCAGAGAGGUAGCGGCCAUUGUGUAGGACGCAAACUGUACAGUGUAUAUUGUCCAAAGCAUUGCUGAAAUGGUUCCAUAUCUCAAGACACUUCCAGUUCAUACAAUUCUGACAAUGGCAUGAUUUGCAGAGAUGAAUCGAAGCUCAGCCA